AUGAAUAACCAAAGUCAUGAUUAAUAUUAUAAAUAUAUGCAAACACGUUAUCCUAUUCUUUAAAUCGAUUAAUCUUUCUUCAAUAUACCAUCAUUUUAAGUUACAUGUGAUAAAAGUAUAUCACCUGUUGCUGUUAGAACCUUAAAGGGCAAUAAAUAUAAUCCUUUAGUUUCUGAAUAUUAUUCUGUACGCAAACAUCCAUAUUGA